UACUUAAUCCAUGUUAUAUUAAGUUAAAAGUCGAAAAAAUUAACGAAAAUUAUUAAUAAAAUGUUUUUUAAUAAGGUUUUAAAAGUAACUAACAAAAGUUGCUUAAUCCAACUAAUAAACAAGACAAGUUUGGCGGGAAAUAAUGUGCGUUUUUUGUCUGCCACAGCCGGUGGUCAUACAAACAUUUUGGAUUUCCACAAUGAAAAGUUACAAAACUAUUUAGAAGCCUUACGCAAAGAAUUCUAUGAUUUAAGAACAAAUGCUUCCGGCAAUGAUGAUGAAUACCGUAGAAUGGCUCAGUUAUCGGAUAUAGUUAAAAUGUUAGAACAACAUCGUGCCUUAAAGGGUAACAUGCCCUCGAAGGAGGAUAUAGAAGCAGAAAAGGAUAUAGAUAUGAAAGAUUUAAUUAAAGAGGAAGCUGAAGUUUAUACCACCCUAAUGGCUAAGACUGAGAAGGAGCUUAUGGAGAAAAUUUUAACUUUGGCCGAUACUGAGUAUUAUCCCUCUUUGAUAUUUGAAGUUAAUGCUGGUGCAGGGGGGCAGGAAGCAAUGUUAUUUGCCAAAGAAUUGUAUGAUAUGUAUACCAAUUAUUUUGAUAACAAUAAUUGGGAUUAUGAAAUUUUGGCCGAAGAUUUAACUGAUAUUGGAGGUCUAAGACAUGCUAAUGUUAUAGUCAAUGAUGAAGAAUCCUUUAAACGUUUACGUUACGAGGCGGGUGUACAUAGGGUGCAAAGAGUACCGGCUACUGAAAAAUCAGGACGUAUACACACCAGUACCGCCUCCGUGGCAGUAAUACCCAGACCGGCUGACAUAAAUGUUGUUAUACCCGAAAAGGAUUUAAAGAUUGAAACAAAGAGAGCCAGUGGUGCAGGCGGACAGCAUGUCAAUACCACCGAUUCAGCGGUACGUAUAGUACAUAUACCCUCCGGCAUUGCCAUAGAAAGUCAAACGGAACGUUCCCAAAUUAAAAAUAAAGAAAUUGCCCUAAAAAAACUACAAGCUAAACUAGUGCAAAUAGAAUUGGAAUCUGCAGAUGCUAGUACUAAGGCAACACGCAAAGCUCAACAAGGUAAUUUGGAUCGUAAUGAAAAAAUUCGCACCUACAAUUUUGUGCAGGAUCGAAUCACAGAUCAUCGUAUUCAGGGUGGUACUGUACACAAUCUGAAAGAGUUCUUUGAGGGUGGAGAACAUUUAAAUAAUCUUAUUAAAAAAAUAGCUUUGGAUUUCCGUAAAAAACGUUUGACCGAAAUGAUCGAAAGUUUUAAUGCAGAAGAAAUAAAGGCUGCCAAGGCGAAAUAAUUAUUUGCUGUGUUAAAAAUAGAACUUUGUGUUUUUAUAAUUUUAAAUAAAAAAUCCAAUUUUUGUUAUCCUUUAAA